AUGAAUCAGAGACGCAGCCGCACCAAAUUCACAGAAGAUCAAUUGAAAAUCCUCAUCAAGGCAUUUGACCAAAAUCCUUACCCAGGUUAUGCUACCAAACAAAGACUUGCUUUAGAAAUCAACACUGAUGAGUCCAGAAUCCAGAUUUGGUUUCAGAAUCGAAGAGCUAGGCACCAGUGCCAGAAAAAAUCAGAACCCAAUGAGGACCUAGAAUCAAGUCAAGACCAAGAUCACUCUGAAGAGGAGAUUCAAAGUAGAGAAGACAGACGGUGUCGUACCAGCUAUACUUCUUCACAAUUACACACCCUCAUCGAGGCAUUUAUGAACAACCCUUAUCCUGGCAUUGAUACCAGAGAGCAACUUGCUAAAGAAACUGGCAUUCCAGAGUCAAGAGUCCAAAUUUGGUUUCAAAAUCGGAGAUCCAGAUUCCAUGUCCAGAGAAAAAGAGAACCUGAUGAUCAAGACUCAGAACAGAGACAAGACCAGGAACAGAAUCUCUGGGAUGAGAGAGUUCAAGGUUUCCCUCCCCGAGCAGCACAGUUCCCACUUUGCCUCCAGUACUCCUUUCACCGCAAAGUACCCCGUGUCAGAAUUCUGAGCGAGAAACAGAACAUCCCAGAAACCACGAGCGACGCACGCGAGCAAACCACCGAAGGGAGUCUGGAUGCGGAAACUCCCAAGCCCGCAGCUCUGUGCGGCACCUGCAGCCUACCUGCGCUGGCCCCUGGGGCACAGCAAGCUGCCUCUGACCAGCGCACGGUCUCCACUGAAGGCGGCUGA